GCUGAAAUCAUUAAUAUGAUGCCUUGAUUACUUCAGAACAAAAAAUAAGGAUCAUGCUUAAAAGAAUAUUAAUAAAAACUCCACAUGCAAUGAAUAAAUCAGAGUAAGAUCAGUAAGUAUUUACCAUUUUAAAAGUUAACAAAACUACAGGAUUCAUAGGUCUAGCAGUAGAGAAUUUGAUAGACUUCAAAGUCCAACAUAAAAAUCAUCAAAACUAUCUAACGUUCUAUUUAGAUGAAGUGACCGACAACACUCAAUAAUGUCAACGCUUAUGCACACUUCAACAUUUUCUUUUUCAUUCCAGUAUGCUUCGUUUCGACUGGCAUUCAUCCGAAUGCUCGAUGGCAACAUAAUGGUAUCACUGUGGUUGGAGGAAAUCGGCAAGGCAAUGGAAUCAAUCAACUCUCUAACCCAUGGGGUUUGUAUGUGGAUGAUUAUCAAACAAUCUAUGUCGCUGAAUGGUCGAAUCACCGUAUUGUGGAAUGGAAAUGGGGUGCGACGAGUGGCCAAGUGGUUGCCGGUGGAAAUGGACAAGGAAGUGGGGCUCAUCAGUUAUCUAACCCAAGAGAUGUGAUUGUCGACAAAGAGAGAGAUAGUCUCAUCAUCUGUGAUUGUUCGAAUGCAAGAGUGGUUCGAUGGCCUCGUCGAAAUGGGACAAGUGGAGAAACGAUCAUUUCCAACAUCGCUUGUGUGGGUUUGACAAUGGACGAGAAUGGAUCUCUCUAUGUCACUAACGUUGGAAAACAUGAAGUGAGACGAUAUCGAAGAGGAGAAUCUCAAGGAACAGUGGUUGCAGGUGGCAAUGGAAGUGGAAAUCGUCUCGAUCAACUCCCUUCCCCACAAUACGUAUUCGUCGAUCGAGAUCAUUCAGUGUACGUGUCUGAUGGGGGAAAUGAUCGUGUGAUGAAAUGGGUGGAAGGUGCAAAACAAGGCAUUGUCGUGGCUGGUGGUCAAGAACAAGGAAAUGGUCUUACACAAUUGUAUUAUCCUCGAGGAGUCGUUGCCGAUCAAUUGGGCACUGUCUAUGUGGCUGAUUGGGGGAAUUGUCGAAUCAUGCGUUGGCCCAAAGGAGCCACACAGGGAAGUGUCAUUGUUGGUGGAAACGGUGAAGGAGGACAAUCGAACCAACUCAAUUGGCCCAUCGGUUUGUCAUUCGAUCGACACGGCAAUCUCUAUGUCGUCGAUAACGGAAAUCAUCGAGUACAAAAAUUCAAUGGUAAUUCAAAUGCAUAG